AUGGAAGGUUAUUUAUUGAAAUGGGUUAAUCCAUUUUAACGAUGGUAAAAACGAUAUUUUAUACUUAAUGAUAAUAUACUUACCUAUUGUGAUCAACCAGGAGGCAGAUCAAAAGGACAGAUACAUCUUAAAGUAGCAGGAAUAAAUGAAAGUAAGGAUGAUACUUUAAGAAUUAUUAUUAAUACAGGAACAGGUUAGAUUUUAUUGAAAGCAGCAAAUAUUGAUGAAAAAAAUAAGUGGUUGAUUGCAUUAAAGAAAAAUUAGGAGUAUUGUUAAAGACAUUAAGUGUUUAAUUAUGGUUAAAGAAUUUAAGAACUUUUAACAGAUAUAUGGAGCAAUUUUGCAUUAUUUGAUGAAUAAUUGACAUACCUUCAAGAAAAGGCUACUUUAAGCAUGUAUAAAGAAAUCAGUAACAUUAUUGAUAUAGGAUAAUACUUAAAAAAUGGAAUUACCUUAUGUUGUACAUUAAUAGAAGAAGAAAAAAUAAAAUUAUAUGGGGAAUCUGAUACAAUAUAUGAGAGUUUUGAUUUUGAGAAUGAAAUUCCAUUAAAUACUUAAACAUCUAAUUAUACAAUAAGAUAAGAAGAAUACAAAUAAAAUUAAUUAGAAAAUAUGAACUCCCAUCAAUUUUUAGAAACUAUCAAACUAUUGAAUCCAAUCAAAUAUAAUAAUAUUAAAUACAAUAGAGUUUAUUCUAGAUUAAGUAUCACUAAUGAAGCAACAAGGAAAUGUUUACCUUACAAAUAAGAUCCAGAUGAGAAGUUUGCAUUCUGGCCAUUUUUAAAAGAGUGUAUAGGAAAGGAUCUUACUAGAAUACCAAUGCCACGUAUACUUAUGAAAGUCUAAUUUAGUAUUANACUAUCACUGA